AUGUUUUCCAUCAGUGAGAAGACACCGCGUCCACCACGAGUUCCUGAAUUCCAAGCUAUUGUUCUAUGCGGAUAUGGCAGCAGAUUAUACCCAUUAGCAGCCGAUGAAGGCGUCACGAAAGCAUUACUUCCAGUCGCAAACAAGCCCAUGUUAUACUAUCAGCUGAAUUGGCUUGAAAAUGCUGGUGUUUAUGACAUCAUCAUAGUCACUCAUCCAGAAGCAAAGCAACACGUCCGAGAUUAUAUGGAGAAAAUGUAUGAAGGUGCUCCUGAAACUAAGGCUGAGGUCGUCGCUCUGCAAAACUAUGACGGAACUGCUGAUGCGUUACGAUACAUCAAGGACAAGAUCAAAAGGGACUUUAUAGUCUUGUCAUCCGACCUGAUCACAGACAUACCCGCCCAUCGCGUCCUAGACGCAUUCAGGCUCACGCAUCCAGCCAUGUCGGUCCUAUUCUACGAAUCUUUAAAACCAGAUGCCGGAUCGUCACUAGAAAAAGUCGUGAAAGAAGAUGCUGUUGAAUACGUCGGCAUAUCACCAUUGGAUGCUCGGCUAGUGCUAGCACCAAGAGCCGAAAUAAGAAGUGAACUGCCUAUUCAGACAUCCCUGAUUCGCAAGUUUCCUGUAUUUCAUCUACAUACGGGGUUACGGGAUGCGCAUUUGUAUGUGUGUAAACAUUGGGUGUUGGAUUUGCUGGUGCUGAAUCCAAAGAUUGCUAGUUUGAGGGCGGAGAUGCUGCCGUUGCUGGUCAAGUGUCAGUAUUCGGAGAAGGCUGCGAGGGCCGCUCAAGUCGAUAAAGCAAUCUUCCCACAUCACCGCCUCCCAACCACAUCCCAAACACGAGUAACCCCAACACCAACACCCACAAUAUCCAUAUCAAACCACGUACGAGUCACAGCGCUCGUAACUCGAGACGGAUAUACGGCGCGAGCAAACACCAUAAGCAGUUAUAGUGAAAUGAAUCGUCAAAUGACCAAAGUUGUAGGUGAUGCUCGAAUAGCUGCCACUGCUGAAAUAUCACAACGAACUACUGUUGGACCUGAUUCUAUGGUUGGUGAUGGUACCAAAGUUGGUGAAAAGUCAAUCUUUAAAAAGAGUAUUGUGGGAGCUCAUUGUGGCAUUGGCAAGAAUUGUAAGAUUACGAAUUCUGUGAUUAUGGAUUAUGUUGUUUUGGAUGACAAUGUUAGUUUGACGAAUUGUGUGAUUUGCUUGAAUGCCAAGAUUGGCAUGAAUACUGUGCUCAAGGACUGUGAAGUUGGAGCUCGGUUUGAGAUGGCUGCAAAUACUCAAGCCAAGAACGAUCAAUUUACACACUUGCAUCAACAGGUUGAUUUCGAACCAAGGAACAAGAUGAAUGGUGUUGCAGGUCACUCAGGCACCUCAACAGGCGUGCGGACAGGUCUAGGAGAUGUGACUGUCAACAACAUCAAGCAGCUCAAAGUGAUUUGUGAAAAUUCAGAACAUUGGAGUUCGUUACAGGAAGAAUUGAAAGUGGACGACAAGUUCUGGAAGGAUGUUAUAGAGUCCGGGGAGCUGGCUAAGCUAUUGUAUUAUAAUGAUAUACCCGUUGCCGCUAUAAUAUCACGUCGAGAGGCCGAACUACCUUCUUCAGCACCAUCAUCACCAAAAACCAAGUUACGGAUUCUGCUUUUAAAUACUUUGCCAGUGUAUAGGAAUCUGGAUUUAGAGACCAUGCUCGUCGAGCACAUACAUCAACAAACAACACCCUCUACCAAACAAUUCUAUAUCGAACUGGAAGCAUCGGAUGAAUCAACAAUCGCCUUAUUCAACAAGCUGGGAUAUGUUAAUGCUACAGGAGAGGGGGUGAAGGCUUCCAAGACGUGUCUUGAGAAAAGAAUAUGA